UUCACUGUUUACAAACAUUGUCUCGGAUUCGAGGGAGAAAAAAGAUCAUCUAAAGUGAGGGGAAGUGGAUUUUCCAUCUCAGAUCCAAGUUCAAAAAGGUAUUUACAGUCACGAAUGAACGAUGUGAUGGGCACCAUAUCAUAUGAAGAAUUCACCGGGAGUUGCCUCGAGUUUCUCAAGUUGUCACAAGAACUUCAAGAUGGUUGGGAAGCCAAAGGUGAUGCCCUACAGGAAGGAAACUUUUAUCUUAUGAAGUUGGAACGCGUUGAAGAUGUUUUACAAGAUUCCCUUCCUCCACGUGAGAAAUGCAGUGGGGAUAAAGAUGGGAAUACUAAAGACAAUAUAGAAACUAUUGACAUUAUGGAAGACAAUGACGACCUAUGGCCUGAAGAUCCUUCAGUUAUUCACAACGUUUGUUUAAAGACCAUCAUAACUUAUGAAUAUCACAUCACUUACAGUAUCAGCUAUUCUGUGCCGGUGUUGUUUUUCAAUGCUUACAAUCACUCAGGUAAACUUCUAACACUUGAGGACAUGUGGAGAAGGGUAAGCCCACAACACAGCAAGCAGAUCCUACACCAGAAAUGGGAGAGCCUGACGCAGCAAGAGCAUCCUGUGCUUGGGAGACCCUUCUAUCAGCUACACCCAUGCAACACGGCAAAAUUAAUGGCAGAGUUUAGCAAAAAUCGCAAAGAUUUAGAUACUCUAAAAGGCCUAAGGUACAUGAUAAGCUGGUUAAGUACCUUUGGACAAGUUGUUGGCCUGAAACUCCCAAUAAGUUAUUUUCAGUGAUAAUUGUUAGGAAGAUUUAUAGAUUAAUGAUAUUUGAUAUUGUUGCCUAAUGAUUUAGUUUCACAAAAAUAUUAUAUUUGGCAUACAUCAGAUACUAUUGCCAGUUAACACAAGUAGAUAAAAAAGAUACAUGAGAUAUUUUCCUAUAUGUUCUCAGUUUACUUGUGGAUUGCUAAGAACAUGACUGAAUAUAUAAGAAAUAUUGAUGGUAAUAGAUAUAGAUGUAUAUUAUGAAUCUUCUAUUUUCUGAGUAAUGACUAAUGUCUUUAAUUAUUUUGUUCAAUGCAGUACCUCUCUUGAAUUAUAAUGUACUUAUAUAGAUCCUGGCCAACUUAAGUAUACUUAUCUAUGGAUACAGAUCUAUACUUUUAAGAAUAAAAGGAAUUUCAUA